UAAUGAUUGAUUUCGUCUUUUGUCUGUCCUAUCUGUGAACCAAUGUGCCGAUUACAGUUUGAUAACGUAAAGUAACAGUUUGAUAAGUGUACUGUUUACAUGUUAAACAUAGAAAAAGGUUUACCUCCCUGCUAAGGAAACAAAUACCGACCGACAUGUUGUCCGGCACGUUCCUUGAGUAAAUACUUAUAGUAAGACUAUGUGGCUUUGACAGCCUGAAACUUCGUGUGCAGACACAUAGUGCCGUGUGUUUAUGUCAAUGGUUGACUAGGUUCCGAAGGUCAGUUGUACAAAGUUCUGUCUUAGGCUAUCGCCACGCCCCCAGUGAAGUCUUAAGAGACGGAAAAGACUACUAAUCGUUACGAUGAGGCGCAGUGUGAAACUCGUGGCCUUCAACGAGCCGCUGGAGAUGGUGGAGGAACCCAUGCCAGACCCACCUGCAGGAGGAGCAGUGGUGAAGGUGGUGUAUGCUGGGAUGUGCCACACAGACGUCCACGUGUGGCAGGAUGGGUUCUAUUUGGGAGAGGGGAAACACUUCCGAUACAGCGAAAGGCCGGGAUUCACCCUGCCCAUCAUCAUGGGCCAUGAGACCUCGGGGACGGUGUACUCGUUUGGCGGUGAUGCUGACCCAGGCGAUGUGAAGGUUGGGGAUAACGUGGUGGUGUACCCGUGGGUGGGCUGUGAGAACUGCCAGGCCUGCGCCACUGGGAACGCCAACUACUGCAAAGGUCCGCUCAAGUACAUCGGACCGGUGGUGGAUGGAGGAUAUUCUGAGUACGUCAGCGUCCCACACCCCCGGUACCUGGUGAAAGUACCAGAGGGUCUGUCCAUGGACGUGGCUGCCGUGCUGGCCUGUGGCGGACUGACUGCCUACAACGGUGUUACCACAGUCCAACCCACAGUGGAAAAGCUAUCAAAAUUCAGGGAGCGCUGCACACUCCUGAUCGUGGGACCUGGCGGGCUCGGCCUCUGGGCGGUCAAACUGGCCAAGCACGUCCUGCCGCAGGGCACCAGGGUCGUCUGCGCAGACGUGGACGCAGCCAAACUGAAGAUUGCUAAAGACAAUGGUUGCGAUGACAUCAUACUUUGGGACAGAGAAGCUGAUGUUGCCACGACUGUUGCUGCUACCCGCGCGGUGUGUACAGAUGGAGUGGACGCUGCCAUCGACUUUGUCAACUCCUCCAAAACAUUUGCCAACAUACAGGGUUGUCUGGAAAAGUGUGGUAUUCACGCUGUGGUUGGCCUGUUUGGUGGUGGAGGCACCAUCCCGCUCCCAACCUUCGCCCUGCAGCAGAAACAAGUGGUGGGUGUGCAUGUGGGCGGGCUGCACCAGUUCAGGGAGCUUCUGGACCUGGUGGCGCACAAGCAGAUCCCUGCCCCUCCCCUGGAGCACCACCCCCUGGAGCACACAUGGGACGUGCUGCAGGCACUACAAGCUGGGAAGGUGGAAGGCCGCGCAGUCUUCCAUAUGAACAAAACUUAAGCACCGGUCCAAGGAACUCCAAUCUGGUGCCAGUAAUGUCGUCUUCACGCGUACCAUGUGUAACAGUAAGUCUUUGUAAGUCUUUGUAUUGAUAGUGCCUGCGUGUGAUGGGCCGAAGUACAAUUGCUUUGAAUUAAGCUUCUUAAGGAAACAUGAUAAAUGUAUUGUGACAUGUCCUACCGUACAAUUAUCAUAAUGAUAAUUAAUUCAAAAUGAGCAGACUUGCAGGAUCUCCUCCUGGGUAUCAUGGAUUGUUCUGAUAUAAGAAUUGACAGUUCCAUUGGUAAUUACAUGAAAUCUUACAGGGAGACCCAGCUACAUGUACUAUAAAUACAUGUAAAUAAUUGCAUGAGUGGUGUAACAUUUUGAAAUAUACUUUGUUAGAUCAUCGACUUGUAUCUUAUUGUCUCUUGAAAGAACGUUCAGAACUUAGACGGAAAGAAGAAUUUGUUACAACUUAAGGCUGAGUGGCUUUAUGUGUUUCCUUUAUAAAGACCAAUAAAACUGUUCUUACUGAAAUAAAGAAUGUCGUGGUGUAACUACACAAUAAGAGGAAAUAUUCUGGCCAAUCAAAUACUAUAGACUAUGUUUGAUUCAGUAUACUACAGCCAUGAUUUGUUAUUAAUCGACAUGUAUAAAUGUUAUAUUAUAGUAUUAAGCUCUUUAAUUUUAUUGUUUGAUGCUGAAUAGCUGCUUUACUUCACAUGACUACAAUGUUAAGGGUCUCCGAAGUUGAAUUCUGCCAGUGGUUUUAACAAAGCAAAUGAAUGGCAAUCCAGCAUUAAGGACAGGGCUAUUUAGAUGUUAAUGCCUUACCAAAACUGGCAUUCAGCACCAAGGACAGAGCUAUAGAGAUGGUACUGGGAUCCAGGAAAAGGUUUCAAUGUGACUAGUCUUCAGCACUAGAUAAAAUUAAUGUAUAUAUCUAAAAAUCUAGAUGUGGACAAUGAUCUACUUUUGAAAGGUGUUUUAACAUGUGGACAGUUCUACCCACUUGUGGAUGGCCUUCAUCACUUAGUACAGGCACAUCUACUGUUAGAUGGGCCAGAGAAAAAGUUGGACCUGUUGAUGGUGUUUAGCACCAUGACAUGUCUGCUGUCUGUUUUAUUAUUAGGAGCCUCAGACAUAAAUUGUAGGUCAUACUUAUCAGCAUCUACCAACUUCUAUCUUCCAGUCAGUAAUAACAACACCAUUCGACAGAAGCGACCAACUGUUCAAGAAAACAUUGUCCAGGUUUAUUUUGUAAUUGGAUGUUUCAUGGUGAACAUGUCUGUACAGAUGUACAGCCAGACAUCUUCACUAUUGCUCCAUCCCCACCCUAGAUUACUUCUUACCUCCAGUACCUAUUUAAGUUAAGACAUGGUGCGCACUACAUUUUAAAACAUGAUGCAUAGUCACUGAACCUUUGUUCUUUUUUCUUAUUGUACAAGUAACAAGGGUAGAGCAUUAUCUAGUUAUUUUUUACAUGAGUCUGUGUUCAUACAUCCUGUCUAUAGUACAUUGAAAUAAGUUUUAAGACUUGUAUGACUUUAAAAUGUUUUGUGGGUAUGGAAGAUAGUGCUCUACCCAAAUAAGAUUAAGCUAAGAAUACAGAGUUCUCAUCCAUCGUGGCAUGUCCACACAUCAGUUACCCUCCUAACUAUAGUACUUCUGUGUCCAUUACUAAUCUCUACAUAAUGCAUGCCCCCUAAUAACUUUCUUUCUACAUUCUGUACUUGAAUUACAUUUUCCCUUUCAGACAGUGGACAAGCCCAGAAAUGUGUGAUGCCAACAGACAGUUGACAAAAACUUGGAAGGUACCAUUAUACAGUAGAGGUUGGAAGAAAGAACUGCUUCUAAUUGUCUGCAGUUCAGAUAAUGAGUCGACUUGAAUAUAACUAGAAUAUAACUGAUAAUAGACUGAACUGCAAAACAUGCAUGAUACCCCACACUAUGGGUACUAUGGAGUAGCAUGAACACUGCAGUUCAAACAACUCUUCCCUUUGCUGCGAUAGAGUUGUUUCAUAUCUUACACUCAUAUAACAUCAAAGUUUCACCUGCAGAGGACUUUUCAGGACUUAGAGGCAAGAAAAGGGACUUUUUGAGCCUCAGGUUUUGUUUGUACAAUUUUGCAAAGAGGCCCGGGCAAUCUCAAUUUAACAGCUGCUGCACUUGACCUCUACAGACCCAUCUCCUGGUGAUGCUCUCAUGACGUCAUUACUUUAGGGUUCGAAGCUCAAACUACCACUUCAGUGCCCAUGUCGUAAAUCCAGUUGUGCCAUUGGCAUCAUUAGGCUUUUCAAAAAUAUAACCAGAAAACUAACAGUAUCACUGUGACAGUAUUGUGACCAAAGUAUGUAGACCACCAUGUUACAAAUUUUCAUUAGAAGGCAAUCAGAGACAAGUCAAACAGAAAUAACGUCAUGUUGAGAAGGGUCUAUAGGGCAUGUUUUCAGCUUCUCCAGCAAGGAGCAAACAUUUCUCCUUUGCUCUGCCAUGCAAUCAACAUCAAACUCUACUACACUUCAACUAAGUACUUGCCACCUCUAGUUCACUUACAUGUGAGUGUUGCAAGCAUAUUGGUGUCAAAAAUACAGCUGGUCAAUGAACUUUUGCACAAAGUUCAACAUCCAGCUCAUAAAUGUGACGAUGCUUCGGUUGGGACCACUCCAAACUAGAGACAACUGCACAAGAAGUCAGGGAAAAACUUUGGUCAAGCUAGUAACUGUUUUCAACAUAUCUUAAUAGAUAUACAGCAAUAUUCAGAAACUAUAGCAGCUGUAAUGAUAUCCAGACACAGGCAAGAGUGAAAAUAUAUCAAGAAUGAGAACAAUGUUCAAUAACAUUGAAGAAGGUUUAAGGACUUCUGACCUUAAGUGCAGAAAAUCCAUCACAUUAGUUCUCACACUUCAAAACUUAUUGCACAAAAUGUUGCUUCACCACAAAAUUGCUACAAAGUCAAAUAAAUAUAUCAGACACUCCAAGCACUCAAAAACAUAAAUGUAUAAUCAUGACUUUUCUUCAAUAAAUAAUGAUAAUAUAUUAUAGUUGUUAACUGAUUCUCUGUCAAAAUAAUGAAACAAUAAAUAGAUGUCCAAUAGCUGAUCUUAGUGAUGUCGAAUGACUUUAACAUCUUUCAAUAAGAGACAUCAUAUGUAGACAGUAUAUACACAACAUGUUAAUAACCUUUAAAACUGACAUAACUGUGCCUGGCACAGGUAUCAAAACUUAAGCUCAAAAUGAAUCACUCGAAGAUUCUUCCUAUAUCUCUAGAUUGUAAAACAGUCUUGCUUAAAAGAUUGCACCAAAAUUUAUAAAAUUGCAGUUAACGUCCCAUACAUGUCACUUCACAUGCAGAAGUCAAUCUAACUUAUAGGUUACAGAUGAAUGGGGGAGGGGGCAAGGUUGAGCUAAAUAUACACAGAGCAUCUUGGGUAGUAAUCAUGUAUAGUGAAGUUUAAACCCUGGUCCCAUGAUAUGACUUGUCUUCUAUCUUGGAAGUCUGUGUGCCUGGCUCGUUUGUCCCAUCAGUGAGGUAGGAAAUGACAAGAAUUUGGGGUACGCAUCUUUUUUCCCUCCAUUCACAGGAAUAAAUACAAGAAGAGAUUUCCUACUAUGCUACACUUACAUGGCUUGUACACAUGCCAGUCCUAGAGUCCACAGUUUUCAUGGCAGCACAUCAUGACUGCAAAGCCAGGCAGGGAGGGCAAGACUAGCUAUCGUCUGCACUAGGGGAGGAGCCAGCCAUCAUGUAUCAGAUGGCUAGCACAUUUACGUACAGCAUUUUUAGGAACAUGGGGAGGGAAGAUGAUGGAGCUUAGCAAGAUUCUUAAUUACUUUCUUACAUUCAGUACCAUCUGUGAUAUUGCAGAAAUGACACCAUCCUUACCAGCAAAUAAUUAUUUAGUCGAUUCCUGUGCUAUGCAAGGAAAACUGGCAACCACCUGUCUGGCCAGGCAUAACUAGUUGUUUGGUAAUGGAAGUUACUCCCCUCUAUUUCCUGGCCCAUAACAGCUUGCACUAUUUCAAUGUCUUGACUGAUGCUAGACCAGAGUAGCAUCAAUAGGCACUGGACCAGACUAGCACC